CUCCCGGUGUCACAGCACCUCAAACUCCCACUCCCAUCCCACUGCCUCCCCUUACCGGAAGCUCAUCAUCACUAAAUAACGGUUGAUCGCGGGAGAUGCGGUCUUCUGGCCGCGGGCGUCACGCUCCGUCGUUCGUCGCCAGGUUACGGGCUCGCCUUCGUUUUCGCCGCGACGUCCCUGUGCGUACUGACGACCGAGUGUCCCAUCCAUCAGCCUCGGCAUCCCGUCAUACAUUGACCUCGACAUCGACAUUGACAUUGACAUUGACGUCAACUUCCCCCGACCCUCACCACAGCCGCGACCAGAGGAGCAGCCAUCAUUCCAAUUGCGGCCCACAGCCCGCUUCGCCCAUCACCCUACCUCCACAAAGCCUGGACAGAAUUUUCCAGUUCCCCGCAUUCUUCCUCAAGCGUAACUCAGAGAAGGCGGGAGGGCUCAUUUUUCUCGACACAGGGGCUAGAGUCAAUUUAAUCUCUAGCGAUAUGGUGGGGCGAUUGGGUCUCUGCCGUCAACGCAUCAGCCCCCGCAAAUUAGUCCCGUUUUACUCUGGAUUGAAAGAGAAGACAGAGCUCACGGUUGAGUAUCAAGUUCAGGUGGAUUGGCACUUUGAAAAUGGGGAGAGAACUUAUACCACUGAAUUUUUGGUUAUCGAUAUGCCCUGCUACGAUAUACUGCUUGGAUGCGAUGAGAUCAGAAAAAAUGAGUUGUUGACGCUGGGGUCGGAAUCAUCUAAAAAGGCUGAUAGAUCGGGGUCCACGACCGUCUACCUAAGACGGUGUGUCACAUCACUGGCUCCCUCUCUGCCAAACCACCGCAUGCUGUGUCAUUUGAUUUUUCUAAUUCUUCGGGUGGGCGCAUCUUGUGACACAUUUCAUAACCUCCUCCCUCAUUCCCCCCCCCCUUUUGGCGUCCCAGUCUUCUCCUUCUCUGCAUGGAUGGGUCCGGAUUGACGCAUUUACAUUGUCUCGUUUAUUUCUGCUCAUUGUGAUGGUGGAGCUAUUUGACAGAUCAGUUUCAUAUGCAUAACAUGCCGCCGGUUGCAUUCGUUUCCCAGCAUGCGUGACCUAAGGUUUUAAUGACU